GGAGGUGGUUAAUUGAUGGUAAGAAGGAAAGGUGAGUGAGAAAUUGUGAAGAAGCGGAGUAACUCCUGAACAUGACGUUCAUGCCGUAACUCCAAGCGCAUGAUUGAAGAGCCCACCCUCACCUCGCUGACGUGGCACGUUUUCACUGGGCCAUUUCGUCUCGUCGGGAUUCAUCCCAACACACCAAUAAACAAUACCAAUAGCAGUCACUCUCACUCGUUUUUUCUCUCUGCAGAAUUUCCCAAAUUUCUCCACUACCCUAUCUCCUUUGCUCCUGAAACUCGCACAUUCUUCAUCAGCAAUGCACGAUCUUCAAUACGAAUGCAAUUUCGAUAUUUGACAUCGGAGUAUCAGUGUUUGAGCGGGUGAAUUGGAAAAUGCUAGAGGCAAUGGAAAGUUCGGUCAAUGGUGGCUUCUCCCAUUUGCAGAGCUGUGGAGAUAGCAGCGAAGAAGAGUUAUCGGUGCUUCCUCGUCACACCAAAGUUGUCGUAACCGGAAAUAACCGCACCAAAUCGGUGCUCGUUGGUCUUCAAGGUGUCGUUAAGAAAGCCGUUGGACUAGGCGGAUGGCAUUGGCUGGUUCUUACAAAUGGUAUUGAAGUUAAGCUACAAAGGAAUGCUCUUAGCGUGAUUGAAGCACCCACCGGUAAUGAGGAAGACGAUGACCUUGAGUUUGAAAAUAUGCCGUGGAAUGGAUCAGAUAUGGCAUCGGACGACACACACAAGUCCCACAAGUCGAGGCAUAGAAUGCAUAGAACAUUGGGAUCAUCUCACAAAACCACGAGUAGGUCCUUCUCUGCCGAUUCACAGUCAAAGGGGUCCGUUUCUAUGCCGCUUCAUGGCUCCACGAAGGUGGACUUGAGCAAACUUGAAAUGGCUGCACUGUGGAGAUAUUGGCGACAUUUUAAUCUAGUGGAUGCGUUCCCAAACCCAUCAAAAGAGCAGCUAGUAGACGUUGUUCAGAGGCAUUUCAUGUCGCAGCAAAUGGACGAAUUGCAGGUGAUUGUGGGAUUUGUCCAAGCUGCAAAGAGGCUUAAGACAGUGUGGAAAUGAGAAGAAAUGAUAUUUUGAAAAGUUAAAUUGUCUAUGCUAACAAUGAUAGUGUAUGUAAUAUCCACUUCCCUUCGUAUUAUGUUAAUAUUUAUCGCUGAUUCGUAACUUUCUGAUAUAGUAGUAGGUUAGUAGUUUGAGCCUUGAGGUUACAGAGACUCUUACUCUUUUGUAGCGACCCAGUUAUGUAGAUAAAUAUGUGUCAUUGCAACUGGAUCAUCAGGGAAGUCACCGCGACUUUCUUUGCAACUUGAUUCAAUGUAUUGCUGACCUGGGAAGUGAGUUUUUAGAGACCUCAAUGUAUAUAUAUUUUAGUUUCUCCUAACUUUGAUUCGUCUUAAAUGAAUUCUCGUGUUGUGCCACCUGAUUCGCUA